CUGGGCCAAGUGUUACUGAAAAAGAAAGAAAUAAACAAAAAUAGCCCAAUUAAUUCUCCUUUACACGUUGUUAAAUAAAUUAUCCAAAAUUCCGAAAAAUCCGAGAAAAACCUCUAAGCAGUCGACACGUACAGCGUCGUCAACCGGUGGCGGUGGUGGAACCACAAAAAUGGCAUCAAAACGGAAAGCUUCAGUGUUACUACACAAGGAAGCUGCUCCCCCUUCCGCUACUACAGAUGCCACAAAUGCUUCUGAAAACAACACAGAAGGCGAUCCAUAUGCCGGCAUCAUGAAAGACGCGGAUAAGUUAAAGUUAAUGCUUCUGGCGUGGAAUUAUCAAAAUUCGAAUGCGGCUAGAAACGGUGCUGAAGGUCCCGACUUAAGUAUUGUCGGUGGUCUGUGGGCUCAAUAUCAAAGUGCACUGGCCCAAAAUGCGGCUGCUUCGAGUAAUAAGAUGGAUUCAUCGUUGUCUCCCGUGCCCAGAGAUGGGAAUCCAUCCCCCAUGGAAGCACAGGACGAAACAAAUUCCUCUGGGCAAAAAGAAGAAGAUGAAGGUUCAGAAGAUGAUUCGGACGACAAAAUAGAUGAAAAGCUAGCACAUUCACACGAUCCGGAGCGUUUGAAAGCUUUCAAUAUGUUUGUGCGUCUGUUUGUUGACGAAAAUUUGGACCGAAUUGUGCCGAUUUCUAAACAACCGAAAGAAAAAAUUCAAGCAAUCAUCGAUUCCUGUGCCAGACAGUUCCCCGAAUUCAGCGAUCGUUCACGUAAACGCAUUCGCACAUAUUUGAAGUCAUGCAGGCGGAACAAAAAGACCAGAGACGGCUGGGAAAACACGACUCGACCUACACCGGCCCAUUUAACAUCUGUGCAAGCAGAGCAAAUUCUAGCCAUCGCUUGUGAAAAUGAAUCUCUAAAUGCCAAACGCAUGCGUAUAGGUUUGGAGCCUAUUACGCAUGCUAUACCGGCUCCUGGAUCGGCUGUUGCCGCUGCUGCAGCAGCCGCUGCAGCUGCCGCGGCUGCUGUUGCCGCCACCACAAGUUCCGCCGUUUCUGUUGGAGGAGGAAGUACAUCGUCCAAUGUUACGUCAGCUUCCGCUAAUGAUGGUUCCAACGCCGCCAACUCCGCCGCCCUACCGUUUGCGACUUGCACUGGCUUCGCCCGUUCCACACCAAAUUCAGAUGCAGCCGAGCCGUUAUCUCUAACACCCGCAGCCGCUGUAUCUGCCGCUGCAGCAGCAGUCGUAGCUUCUUCUAGCGCAGGAAGUGGUGGCAUGAGUUCUGCUCGCAGCUCUCCAUUAGCUUUAAGUUCGAAUGCCAGUGUUACCGGUAUGGACAUAAAGCCACUGGCCACUUCCUUAGCUAAUGGCAACACAGCACCAAAUAAUGCCUCGGCGGGAUUAACAGGUCUAACGGCUACAAGUCCUCUUUAUAGACCCACAGACUUCACAUCUCCUACAUCGGCUUCUCCAUUUGCGGCGGCUGCAGCUGCAGCUGUUGCCGGUCGAACGCAAACAUAUCCAACAUAUUUCCCCGGUGUCACUUCAUUAGGAAAUGUUACACCCACAGACUUGUCGAUGAAACCCUCCUGCUCCUCUGCCAUCACACCCAUUACGUCUAGCACACCAGUGAAUGCCAACAACCAAGGUAACAACAACAAUGCCAACAACAUCAACAACUUGGCCGCACUCAAUCAGCUGAAUGUGAACACCAAUGUAAACAACGGCAAUGCAACAAAUACAAAUAGCGUCUUGGCUUCAGCCACCCACCAAUUGCAGCAGCUCCAACAAGUACAGCAGCAGCAACAACAACAGCAGCAACAACAACAACAGCAAGAACAGCAACAGGCAGGGCUAAAUAUUAACAACACUAUCGAUGCUAAUACGGUUCGACCGCCAUUGCUACCCCACAAACUGAGUCCCAACGAAAUAACCGCCGCCCGGCAGGUGAUCUCCGCUUACAGAGAAAGUGCCGCAUUUCUAUUGCGCACAGCUGACCAGGUCGAGCAACUGCUGGUGCAGCAACAGUAAGUGUGGGUUCUAUCCAACUGGAUGGAGCAAAUUUGGGCAUUGCACAUGAA